GUCAGAGUACUCUAAGCUUUUAUGGAAUUGUUGUGCUGAGGAAAACCAUGCUGCCAUCUACUUUGAAGGAAACUAAAGUGAGGCUUCAAGUUAAGAACAUUUGAUCAUCAAGAAUUAUAGGCUUUGAAUCUCUCAUUCUUAAACCCAGUGGUCAACCAUUUUGUGAAUGCAUUGUUCCAGCUCCUGGAUGAAGAGGGUUAUCUGUUUCAAAUUCCAACAUGGCUUCAAACUGAAGGCCGAGACCAAUAUAGUUUUGCCUUGUGUACUGAAACAAUAGCAUUAGAGACUUCUGAGGAAAAGUCUGGGAACAAGUCUACCAAUGCAGAAAUGACAUCGCCUCUUCAGCCCAGGGAAUGCAAACUGACCAGAAAAGAUAGAGAGAGCUAUGGAUUUUGUCUGCGCCUUGAGAAACACAAAACUGGUCACCUAAUUCGGAAUGUGAUACAAGGCAGCCCAGCUGAAAAGGCUGGUCUGAAAGAUGGAGACAGAGUCCUGAGAGUUAAUGGAGUAUUUGUAGACAAGGAAGACCAUGAACAGGUAGCUGAUUUAAUUAGGAAAAAUCCAAAUUCUAUAGUAUUUCUCAUCCUGGAUGAAAAAUCUUAUGAAAAAGCACAAAAAGAAGGAACUGUUUUGGAAAAACUGAGUCAGAAGUCAAAGACACAGCAUCUACUAGAACAUCCCCAGAUUGCAACAAACAGUGAACCUGCUCCAGUUCCACAACCCCGGCUCUGCUACCUAAUAAAGGAUAGGGAAAAUAGCUACGGUUUCUCCUUGAAGACUACUGCUGGUCAAAAGGGAUUGUUCAUUAUUGACAUAUCCCCACAAGGCCCAGCUGCAAAAGCUGGAGUGCAGCCAAAUGACCGCCUGAUUGAAGUCAAUGGAGAGAAUGUAGAGAAUGAUACUCACGAGGAAGUGGUUGAUAAGGUGAGAAGAUCUGGAAAUCAAGUUGUAUUUCUGUUGUCAAAUAAAGAAACAGACUGUUACUACAACAGACAGAAUUUGCCACUGAAGAGAGAAACGGCCAGUUUGAAAUUUUUACCUCACAAACCCCGAACUAUUGAGCUCAUAAAAGAAAAUAAUGGCUAUGGAUUCUGUCUGAGAAUGGAACAAAAUUUUAAAGGUCACCUAAUUAAGGACAUUGAUUCUGGCAGUCCAGCAGCAAAAGUAGAUCUCAAGGAAAAUGAUAUUCUUGUGGCUGUAAAUGGAGAGCUGGUUGAGACACUGGACCACAAUUCUGUGGUGGAGAAGAUCAGGGAGUCGGGUGAAAAAACUACACUGCUAGUGAUGGAUGAAGAGACUGACACCAUGUACAAAAUGGCUCAAAUUUCUCCAUUUCUCUCCUGUCACAAAACAAUGGUACCAUCUCUAAGCGAAGCAGAAGUGUUGACACACCAUACUGAGCAGGAGACACACCAGCCCAGACUCUGCAGCCUGGUCAAAGAUCCCAAUGGAUUUGGUUUUCAUUUGAAUGCUAUCCAGGAUUUGCCUGGCCAGUUCAUCAAGGAGGUACAGAAAGGUGGACCAGCAGAUAUAGCUGGGUUGAAAGAUGAUGACGUUUUGAUAGAAGUGAAUGGUGUAAAUGUGGAAAAUGAAGACUAUGAAAUGGUGGUGGCAAGAAUCCGGGAGGGCGGUGACAGGCUGACAUUAUUGGUGCGUGCAGAAAAGGCUCACCAGCAUUUCAGGUCUGAUAAUCCCUCUGCUGCUGCUGCUGUUGCUUCUGUGGUAGCUCCGCUACAUGAUUACAGUAAUGAUCCUCCUCCUUAUGCAGAGGCACAAGAGCCACAAAGACUGUUAUCAGAAGUACAUGAGAUGGCCAGCUCAUCCUUCUCUUCACUCUCAGUUGACUCAGAAGAAGAAGAUACCAAAUUGUGAUGCCACAAACAAUCUCUGAAUUUUGUUCCUAAAUGGGCAAACCUAACUUGCUCCCAUUCUGAAGCAAAGUUAAUGUAACUGUACAUGAAUACUUACUUGAAACUUAUUCCCAUUGGACAAUGCAGGAGUUACUCCUAUUGGUCAGGUGGACCAACAGCAUAAUUAGUUCUAUUGGCUUCAGUGGAGAUAGUGUUUGUUGGAUUCCAGAACCAUUUUUUGUUUAAGUAGCAAAUCUGCCCACACUGACCACAAUCCAGCACAUCAGUGCUUAAGCUUCAUUAAAAUCAUUGUGACAAGUGUAUGUAACCCUCCUAAUUAGAGAUGGAGAGGCCUCUCAAUGGUGCAUGAUCAGUUACUACAUGUAUCCCAAAUAAACAUGCAAUCAGUUGUUUUAAAA